GGCAUGCAGGCCCUCUCCCUGGCCGGACACCGCAUCGGCGACGCCUACAGAUCGGUGGUCGGCAACGUUGUCAACAUCGGCGGGGAGUCCAGGUUUGUCGAGAAGGGCACCCUGACGCCCGAGGAGUUCGUGGAGGCUGGCGACCAGGACUCACGUUCAAGUUCCCCACCUGGCAGUGGGAGUCCGGCCAGCAGUCGCACCGGGCCAGCUACCUGCCGCAGGACAAGCAGUUCCUGAUCACCCGGAACGUCCCGUGCCGGCGCCCCGCGCGCUGACCGUGAUCUCCAUGGCGCCAGGGUCGGGGCGAUCUGGAUGCUGCACGAGUCGGCCGGCGGGCCGAGACAGAAGGCGCCAGCGGCGACCUCCAGGACAUCGAUGACCUGGGGGCCGAGCCCGGCGGCGGCGCGGCCGGCUCCGGCGCGGACGCGUCCGGCCCGGGCAUCGCCAUCCAGGACGACUUCCUCGAGACGGCCGGCAGAGGACCUCCUCCUCCUCCUCCGACCUCGACGCGCAGCUGGCGGAGGAGGACCCCGCGUCGCAGGCCGCCGCCAGUUCGUCCGCACCGUUCGGCGGCGACGGCGGCGGCAUGAUCGUUGCCGACGCGCCGGACCUGAACGUCGUGCAGACGCGUACGUACGACCUCUCCAUCACCUACGACAAGUACUACCAGACGCCCCGCCUGUGGCUCUUCGGCUACGACGAGGGCGGGAGGCCCCUGAAACCCGAGGAGGUCUACGAGGACGUCCUGUGCGAGUACGUGGCGAAGACGGUCACCGUGGACCCGCACCCGCUGUCGGGGACGCCCACGGUGUCCAUCCAUCCGUGCAAGCACGCCCUGGUGAUGAAGAAGGUUAUCCAGGACGACUGGAUCGAGCAGGGCAUCACGCCGAGGCACGACCUCGCGCUGUUUGUCUUCUUGAAGUUCAUAUCCGGCGUGGUGCCCACGAUCAACUACGACUUUACCAUGGACAUCGAGUUCUGAUGGCGGCGCCCGUGCCCGGCGUCGCAGGUCGCCGUCGACACGCCUGCUGCGGUCCCUCGUCCUCCUCCUCCUCCUCCUCCACCUCCUCGCGCCCGUCCACCCCUGCCCUCCGCCCCCCCCCCCCCCACUCGCGCGCGCGCGUUCGCUGCAGCAGGCGGGGAAGCUUGCUAGACCGUGCCCUGGCCGGAGCCAGCCGAGCGAAAGCCUCGGGGCCGCCCGCGUCGGGGGACGGCUCCCGCCCCCUUCGGGGCGACCGCCGGGCGGGGGCCCGCUUGAUUCCCCGUUCCCAAGGGGCAACGCAUGGCAGGGCCCAGGCUCCCAAUCGCCCACUGAUCGCUGAUAUGGACUGCCGGGGGCGCGGCGGCCGCGGACGGGGCGCGGGCUCGACCGCCAGCGCGCGCCGGC